GCAAUAUUAAAACCGCAAGAAAUGUUUCGCAUUUCACGUCAAAAAUCAUAUGGUUGCCAUGGAAUUGUACAACUGAUGUAUUUACUCUAGUGAAUAUCUGUACUUCGUUAACUGGAGAUCAUCUUUUUUCAUUCUGACAUUCACAUCGUCAUUUCUCGCAUCGCGUUCAUCACUUCUCAAGGAUGCUGUUUGUAAUCCCUGAUAAAAUGAGCUGUUAUCUGCGUGCGCUGAGCUUUACAAUAUUUUGUGUGCUGCCAGUUAUUGCUCAAUCCAGUAUAUAUAAAUACGUUACAAUUGACUCUUGCCGAGAUGGUAUUCAGAGAACAGUUGAUACCGAUGCCGCAGCAGGAGAGAUAGUCGUUGACAUUGCGCAAUCCGACGAGAACACGGGAAGCUGUCACCUGACUCUCAAUGUUAGCAAGGGAAAACGUAUAGCUCUUUUCUUUGAUAAGGCAUUUUAUUUUCCCGUGGUGCACACAAGCAGCGAACCAGAAUGUACGCUUGGCGCGUUAGAAAUACGGGACGGGUUGUCAGGAGACCUACUCACCCCUACCCCGAUAUGUGGAGUCGUCCAAGAGAUGGAUAUUCGACCAAUGUGGAUGGAACCCUAUUUCAGUAACUCUAACUCAAUGACGUUCUCAAUCUCUGCCCGUUCAGGCGAUCUACGAGGAACUAUUAAUUUCAAGAUGAAAUUUAUAGUUUUUGUUAACGUUUCUGACGAUAGUUGUUUUACAUGCCCCGAUCUUGUUGGAUUCGAUUUCCCAUUGUGCAUCGACAAUAGACUGAAAUGCGACAACGUCAACAAUUGUCCUGAUGGUAGCGAUGAGGAUUAUAGAUACACGAAAAAUAAGACGUGUGACCUGAAAUGUCUGAACGGUCCUCUAGCUUACGUAGAUGGAAACAAAGCGUGUGACGGCGAAAAAACAUGUGCUGAUGGCAGCGACGAAUCAGUGGAAAUGUGCGGGCUUCGCCAGAGCAAACCAUUCAGCACAUUGAGCAUGACCGAUAUCGUCGUAAGCAUCAUAUGUUUUAUUUUCUUGGCGAUUUUAUUCUGUGUCUGCAUAUAUUGCUACUGUUGCCCUCCUCCUCCAAGUCGUUACAAGAAAGCAUACAAACGAGCUAAGAAGGAACGCAGAUACCAAGAGCAGAUGAUGCAACAGCAAGCAAUGGCCGGGAUGGCGCCACACGGCCAGAACGCCCAACAGUUGUAACAGACCAACAGUUGAUGAUCUCGAUAUGGGUAGAUGGUAGCAGUUGUUGUGUCGGAAUGAAAGUGUCCCUCUACG